AACCCCGGCUGCACACACGUGUUCGGCUACGUGUUUGGGCAUGUGUCUGAGAACCAUCUGGAACAUCUCCCAUCUCAACAGGUUUUGGACACAGGAGAGCAGCUGAUGGUUCCUGUAGAGGUCUUGGAGGUGGCCAACGAGGGAGCCUUGUGGAAGUUUCUGCUCUCGGGAGCCAUGGCUGGGGCGGUGUCCCGCACGGGCACAGCCCCCCUGGACCGCGCCAAGGUGUACAUGCAGGUCUACUCAUCCAAGACGAACUUGAUGAACCUGCUGGGGGGGCUGCGUAGUAUGGUUCAGGAGGGGGGCAUCCGCUCCCUGUGGCGUGGCAAUGGCAUCAACGUGCUCAAAAUUGCCCCCGAGUACGCCAUCAAGUUCUCCGUCUUCGAACAGUGUAAGAAUUACUUCUGCGGAGUGCACGGCUCCCCGCCCUUCCAGGAGCGCCUGCUGGCUGGCUCCCUGGCCGUGGCCAUCUCCCAGACACUCAUCAACCCCAUGGAGGUACUGAAGACGCGGCUGACCCUGCGGCGGACUGGCCAGUACCAGGGGUUGCUAGACUGCGCCCAGCAGAUCCUGCGGCGGGAAGGGACGCUCGCCCUGUACCGUGGCUACCUGCCUAAUAUGCUGGGCAUCAUCCCCUACGCUUGCACCGACCUGGCUGUCUACGAGCUGCUCCAAUGCUUGUGGCUCAAGUCAGGCAGGGACAUGGGAGACCCCGGUGGCUUGGUCAGUCUGUCGUCCGUCACACUGUCCACCACCUGUGGACAAAUGGCCAGCUACCCGCUGACUUUGCUGCGUACCCGGAUGCAGGCCCAAGACACCGUGGAAGGUUCCAAGCCCACCAUGGGUAGGGUCUUCCGGUGGAUUCUGGCCCAGCAGGGCUGGCCAGGCCUGUACCGGGGCAUGACCCCCACGCUCCUGAAGGUGUUGCCUGCGGGAGGCAUCAGCUGCGUGGUGUAUGAAGCCAUGAAGAAGACCCUGGGCGUGUAGGC